AAUAGAGUAAGUGGACUUUACAUACGUUUCUUCGAUUAAAAAAAAUAACUAGGUGAAUGAUUUAUGUGGAUACUUAAAUAAACGAAACUUAAGCUAAUCAUAUCAACUACUUACAGACCGAACAAGAAGUUAAUUGGAAGUCUGAUGAGUCUUCAGUCUUCAUGGCUGAAACUGCAGAAACUCCAGAUAUAGACUUAAUAGAUUUGAAAUCAAGAUCGAGAUUCUAUAUCGUCAAACGUUUGCUUUCUUGUUUUAAAACAAACUAUAAGAGGGAGAAUCGAACGGAUCCAGCUGUCGAAAAUCUUGUCACAAAUAAAGAUACUGAAAGUGGUAAUCAUAAAGAUGAUGUGGCGAAGAAAGAAGAGGAAAGUGCAUCGAAGAAAAAGUUCUCAAUUAUUGAAAAGAUUAGAAAGAUUAAAAAUUUACCAAAUCACUUGAAAGAAUUGGUUGUUGAUUCAUCUGAAGGAGGAUAUUAUCAUUGGAUUGGCAUCGUUACAAUCACAGUACUCUAUAAUGCUAUCGUCUUACCGAUGAGAUCAGCAUUUACCCAGUUUCAUGAAUUAAGUCCAAUCGUAUGGCUUUCAUUGGAUUAUUGCAUUGAUUUCGUCUACCUAAUUGAUAUAUUUGUUGGCUUGCGCACAGGUUAUUUAGAAGAAGGUCUGCUAGUACGUGAUAAAGAGAAAUUGAAAAAGGCUUACAUAAAACGCAAACAAUUUAUAAUUGAUAUUAUUGCAAUCUUGCCAACAGAUUUAUUCUAUUUCAUACCACAAUUAAGUCAUUAUGCUGCAUGGUUACGCUUUAAUCGUCUACUGAAAAUAUACAGAUCAUUUGAAUUUGUUGACAGAACUGAAACACGCACAAAUCGACCCAAUUUAUUUCGUAUCUCAAUGCUUACUACUUAUAUCCUGGUGUUAAUUCAUUUGAAUGCAUGUAUUUAUUUUGGAUUCAGUCGAGCAACUGGCCUUGGAGAAGACUCUUUUGUUUAUCCACCACGUUCAAGUGAUGAUACAUCAGAUGAAUUUAAAAAUUAUUCCGAACGUUGGGAUCGAUUAUUUUCUCAGUACGUUUAUAGUUUCUACUGGUCCACUUUAAUAUUGACAACAAUUGGAGAAACACCAAAACCAGUUAGAAAUGCUGAAUACAUCUUCAUUACUAUUGACUUUCUUGUUGGAGUGUUGAUUUUUGCAACUGUUGUCGGUAAUGUCGGCGCAAUGAUAACAAAUAUGAAUGCAGCAAGAACAGAAUUUCAAAACAGAAUGGAUGGUGUUAAAAGAUAUAUGGAAUUUCGUAAAGUUAACAAAGAACUUGAAUUACGAGUGAUUAGAUGGUUUGAUUAUUUAUGGACAAAUAAACAAUCAUUAGAAGAGGACAGUUUAAAUGCCUUGCCAGAUAAGCUAAAGGCUGAAAUCGCUAUACACGUUCAUUUUGACACAUUACAACGUGUCAGUAUAUUCAAAGACUGUGAUCCUGGGCUCCUGGUUGAGCUUGUGCUCAAGCUCCAGUUACAAGUUUUCUCACCAGGCGAUUAUAUCUGUCGUAAAGGUGAUAUUGGAAAAGAAAUGUAUAUAGUUAAACGUGGCAAACUUAGUGUUGUAUCUGAAGACGGAAAAACAGUAUUUGUUACAUUGGGUGAAGGCUCUGUUUUCGGAGAAAUAUCCAUUUUGAAUAUUGCUGGAAACAAGACUGGUAACCGUAGAUCAGCAAAUGUACGAUCUGUUGGCUACUCAGAUUUGUUUUGUCUCAGUAAAGAUGAUCUUUGGGAUGCAUUAACUGAAUAUCCAGAGACUAAAACAAUCUUAAUGCAACGUGGUCAAGAUAUAUUACGGAAAGACAAUUUGUUAGAUGAAGAAAUAUUACGGCAGGCACAAGAACAGCAAGAAUCCAUUGAACAAUGCGUUCAGCGAAUCGAUAAUACAGUUAACCAACUAACAACACGUUUAGCUAGAUUAAUUGGUGAAUUUGGAUCAAGUCAUGCCAAACUGAAACGUCGUUUAAUGCGACUAGAACAAGAAUAUGAUAACAAUAAUAAUACUGCACAAGAUGGAAUAAGUCCUAGGUAUAGAAAACACAGUGAUACAUUAGCCAAUGAUAAUCAGGCACAAGUUACUGUAGAUCACCAAUCACCUGGCAAGUCAAAUCAAUUACUACGACAAAAGCAGGGUAGUAAGUUAAAAAUCGAUAGAAAACAACGACAACAGUCAGUUAGUAGUUCAACAUCACCCUAUGAAAAACGCGAAUCACUAAGUUCAUUAGGAUCAGAUAUGACAAAUGCAACUCUGCCGUCUGAACAUGAUGAGUAGAUCAAUAACAAGAAGAAAACUGAAUAAGAAAAUGGAUACUAGAUUUUGAACCUAUGUAUAUAUAUUUUACGUAUUUCAUUAACCAUAGAGUACUGUAUCUUCUAUCCAUAUUUCAACUUCUGACUAUGGCAAAAACCGAACAGUUUUUAUUUUCUGAAUAAACGUCUCUCUCUCUCUCUCACUCUUUUAUGUAUCAAUGCUUAUUUGUAAAAAGAAUUUUCAAGAAAAAUAAUUAUUUUAGUCAU